GCCCGGGGCCCGCCUGCGCACGCCUCCGAGUCGCGCGCCGCGCCGCUGCUCUCCUAUGCCGAGGCUCUGCCUCCCGCAAGAGCGAGCCCGCGGCGCUGCUCUCCAUCGCCGCUUUCGCAGAGACUGAAGUUUGGUGGGUUGGGUUAAAUUCGGGACCUCCGCGAAGAGGACCCAUUUACUUUUUUUUCUUUCCAAAAUGGCAGCCUCCAGCCGCGCACAAGUGUUAGACCUGUACCGGGCGAUGCUGAGAGAGAGCAAGCACUUCAGCGCCUACAAUUACAGAACUUACGCUGUCAGGAGGAUAAGAGAUGCCUUCAGAGAAAAUAAGAAUGUAAAGGAUCCUGUAGAAAUUCAAGCCUUAGUGAACAAGGCCAAAAGAGACCUUGAAAUAAUUCGUCGACAGAUAUCCUGGAACAAAUGGAGACGAAUAGGAAAUGGCUUAAUUACAACAACAUUCUCUACUCCACUUCCUACCCCACCCCCAAAAUCAAGAGGGCAAUAAGACACCUUGAAAAAAAAUGAAGAAUAGAACUACAGGGUGUAUUCCACUUAAAAACGUGGCUGAAAAUCACAUGACAUGCUUUUCAAUACAACUAUCACUAUCUCAGCUCCACGCUGUUUAGAUCAUGAUAUACUUAUAUUGGGUAAUUUCUGUGCUCUUUAAAUGGAAAUUUUAAAUAUUUAAUGUGGUUAAAAUUUUUUUUUUCAUAGACAGCUUUCAACACCAUCACAGAUCUCUGUGUCAUGCUGCUUACUGUGGUAUAUUCCUUAAAAAUUCUGAUGUUUAGUGUAUUACCAAAGCUGGGUAAAUAGACACAGAACAGAAUCUUCUUCCGAUAGCUCUUUGACAGCACUUGCUCUUCUAGCACGUGAGAACUUAUUUUCUUCCUCUAUGAGGAUUUUUGUUACUUUUAUUCAAACUUGAAUUAUAAUUGUAUUGUAAUUUUAUAAUUUAUUUAAAAAAACUAAAAUUAUCCAUCUAGCCUUUUGGUUUACUGGUUUUGUUAAACAAUCUCAGCUUUUCCCACAAUCCUUAGUUUCAUUUUAAAUGUUCAGUUACUGGAUUAUAGAAAUACAAGGCUCAAUCGCAGGAGCAUGUUUUCUAGAAAUAGAGUAAAAGGAAAUAAGCCAGCAUUUAUUACAAGUUUUGGGGAAGUUUUGUUGUACCAUAUCUAAAAAUGAGUCUCCUGGAAUUCUGUAAUUGCAUCCACUGAUUAGUUUAGUGUUGACACACAACUACAGAAAAACAAAUUAGGACAACCAGAUAUUAGCAUAACUAAUCUACAAAAAGAUGGCUAAAGCGACCCUUAAAGACGCUGUUCAUUUUUCAUGAUAUUACAUUUCUUUGAAAAAUAAAUACAGACACACUUGUGUCCAUGCCAGAGCUAUUGCUAAAUCACUCUAAUGGGUAGGAAUAAUAAGUGUCAAUUUGAAUGGGAAGUUAAGACAAACUCAUUGAAACUGGAAAUGUCUCAUAUCUUAUUUCUCUAUUUUCUCACCUAAAAAAAGGUAAAGAAAAUGUUUCUAGUUAGAUGCUUACAAAGAGUUCAGCAGUCUUGGUUGAAAGGUAUACUACCCAAUAGUACUGCAUUUAAACUAAUUUCCAAUUUUGAAAGCUUCUGUAGAGCAUACAACUUUUCUUUUUUGGUUCUAGUAUUUUUUUUUUUAAUUCCCUUUAGGUUAUUAGUCAUAUAAAUGCUCUGGGACCAGGGAGGAACAGAUGAGGAGGCAUCAGUUUUAAAAUGAAAAACCCAAUUAUGUAUCCCUUUAAAAACAUUUUUUGUUAAAACAUAAAUAUCAAUAUCAUGAGUGCAAUAUCAUAAGAGUACAGCUCAGUGUAAUUUUACAAACUGAAAACAUCGUGUACUCAGAACCCAAAUCAAUAAAGAGAACAUUAUCAGCACUCCAGAAGGCCUUCGUAUUUCCUUGUCACUAUACCCUACCAAGACUAACCACCAUGCUGACUUCUCACAUAAAUUGGUUUUCCUGUUUUUGUACUUUCUAUAAAUGGAAUCUGGCUACUCUUGCUCAAUACUGUUUGAGAUUUGCCCAUAUUAUUGCAUACUAAUUUGGAUGGUUCGUCCUCAGGGCUGUAUAUUUUUUCAUGGAGUGAAUACACCACAAAAUUUAUUUAUUCUUUCUACUACUGCUGGGCAUUUGGGUAAUUUCCAGUUUGGGGCUAUUUUGACUACUGCCAAUAUGAAUAUUCCAGUACUUGUCUUUUAAUGAGUGAUCAUUCUAGGAAUGGAAUUGCUAGAUCAUAGAUUCUGCCAAGUGGUUUUCCAACGUGGAUGUACCAGACUGCAUUCCCAUCAACAAUGUAUAUUCCAGUUGUUCCACAUCCUUUCCAAUACUUAAUGUUUUCUGUCUUUUUUCAUUUGAACUAUCCUAGUGCAUAUGGUGGAUUUCAUUUUAAUUUUUGUAAUGACUCAUGAAGAUGAGCACCUUUUUAUGUAUUUGUGCAUGGAGGGAUUUUUCAUGUUUAUAAAUCAGAAUACCCAAUAUUAUAAAGUUAUCAGUGUUCUCCAAAUUAGUGUAUAAAUGUAAUGCAAUUCCAAUCAAAUUGCUAGCAAUUUUUUUUUCAAAACCUGAGAAGCUCAUUAAAAAAUUAACAUGGAAAU